CUGCUGUUUUUGUCCGUGCAGAGCAGUCUCCACUCGCAGGAAGGCCUGGGCGUUGCUUCCCUGAGUGUUCUCUAUGCUGCGCUCAUCUUAUCAUCCAUGUUCCUGCCUCCAAUCCUCAUCAAGAAGCUGGGCUGCAAGUGGACUAUGGCAGGCUCUAUGUGCUGCUACAUCGUGUUCUCCAUAGGGAACUUCUACGCUAGCUGGUACACGCUAAUCCCUACCUCUGUGAUCCUGGGCUUAGGAGGAGCACCGCUCUGGUCUGCCAAGUGCACUUACCUCACCAUUGCUGGCAAUUCGUACGCUGAGAAAGCAGGAAAAAAAGGGAAGGACGUUAUCAACCAAUACUUUGGGGUCUUCUUUCUGAUAUUUCAGUCCUCUGGCAUCUGGGGAAAUCUUAUGUCAUCUUUGAUAUUUAGCCAAGCUUCCAACAAAGUGGAAACCUCAGAAGAAAACCUGGCAUGCUGCGGAGCCUAUGACUGCAUGACUGAUACUGCUAAUGCCACUGGCUCAGCAGAACCCUCCCACUCCUUAAUCUACACUCUGCUAGGGUUCUACACUGCUAGUGGUGUGCUAGCUGUGUUGCUGAUUGUUGUAUUUCUGGACCAGAUCAAAUCUGACCAAGCAGAGACUGAGAAAGAAAUACUAGAGACACCAUCCUUUUGGUCUACGUUCCUAGCAACUUUCCAGCAUCUUAAAGAUAAAAGACAGUGUCUUCUAAUCCCUCUGACAAUGUACAGUGGGUUUGAACAGGGAUUUCUUUCUGGUGACUACACAAAGACGUACGUGACCUGUGCCCUGGGGAUCCAUUACAUUGGUUACGUGAUGAUCUGCUUUUCAGCUGUAAAUUCCCUCUGCUCUCUGCUCUUUGGAAAGAUAUCUCAGUUCACGGGUAGAAAACUUCUAUUUGCAUUAG